GCAAGCUAACUUUCCAAACUUGUAUCUUUGCACAGCAAAUUAAGAGAUAAAAAACUCCAAGACCUUAAUUUGACUUCACCCUCACAUUAAACAAUUUCUCUAUCCGACAUAAAAUUCUCCUUCCUUGGCAUUUUCUUUCUCUCUCUAGAUCCUACUUUCCUAAAAUCCAUGAGAAACCAUGCGCCAGUUUCUAUGAAUCCACAACCUUGAAAUUCCAAAACCAUCUUUAUUUUUUACUUCUCCAAAACUCGAUUUGUUGCUAUUUGAAGAAAAUAAAUUACUUUUGUUGUUUCUUGAGAUGAGAUGCUGCCUUCUCUGAGUUGCGACUGAACCACCAGAAAAAUGAGAGGCUCCUCGCCUACGUCACUGGAGUCCAGACACAGGCUCUCUUUCAAUAAUGAUGAUACAAGCAAAAGAAGGUUUCUAAGAAGUAGAGUGUUUAAAGAUGGGGACAGGUCCCUUUAUCGUUCCAGUAUGGACAGGAUAUCGAGCUUCAAGUUCUCUACCUUGAAGGUUGUGAUGGUCAUCAUCAUAAUUGGAGCAUUUUUCACAUUUCUACGUCCUCCAUCAAUUCAUGAUUCAGAUCAUAUGUCCCGUUCUCGAUAUAGGUACUUGGUCGAUAAAGGAAUAAGUGAUAGAUUUGGUAUAGAUCAAAGUUACACAUCACAUUUAGAUAUCGACUGGGAUGAAGCAUCGGCGGCAAUGGAGAGAUUAACCGACAGGGACGAGUAUAAGGGAAUAGGGUUGUUGAAUUUCAACGAGGAAGAAAUUAGUCAGUGGAAGCAGUUGUUGCCAGAUGCAGAUCACAUUGUACUUUUCACAGAUUACGCCUCACCCAAUGUCACUUGGGAAACAUUAUAUCCAGAAUGGCUAGAUGAGGAAGAAGACUUUGAUAUUCCCACUUGUCCUUCUUUACCCAAAAUUCACUAUCUGGGUAAACCACGGCUGGAUCUUAUCGCAGUGAAGCUUCCCUGCGAUAAAUCCAAGAAAAACUGGGCAAGGGACAUAGCUCGUUUUCACUUACAACUUGAAGCAGCAAGGGUAGCUGCAACGGCCAAGGGGUAUCAUCCUGUGCAUGUUCUACUUAUCACUGAGUGUUUCCCGACCCCUAAUCUGUUUACUUGCAAAGAGCUAACUGUAAGGGAAGGCAACAUAUGGCUGUAUAAACCCAAUUUAAAUAAACUGAGGGAAAAGCUGAAUCUUCCAGUCGGGUCAUGCGAACUUGCAGUUCCUCUUAAGACAGAAGAAAAUUGGAACUCAGGUAAUGCAAGGCGAGAAGCAUAUGCAACUAUUCUGCACUCAGCUCAUGUCUAUGUCUGUGGGGCAAUUGCUGCAGCUCAGAGCAUCCGUAUGGCAGGUUCGACUCGUGAUCUCGUAAUACUUGUUGAUGAUACUAUCAGCGACUACCACAGGGGCGGCCUUGCGGAGGCUGGGUGGAAAAUCCAUACAAUUCAAAGAAUCAGAAAUCCAAAAGCAGAACGAGAUGCCUACAAUGAAUGGAACUACAGCAAAUUUCGUCUCUGGCAACUAACGGAUUAUGACAAAAUUAUAUUCAUAGAUGCUGAUCUGUUAGUUCUCAGAAACAUCGACUUCCUCUUCGAGAUGCCAGAGAUAACAGCCACAGGAAACAACGCGACCCUCUUCAACUCAGGAGUGAUGGUGAUCGAGCCAUCAAACUGCACGUUCCAGCUGCUGAUGGACCACAUCAACGAGAUUGAGUCCUACAACGGUGGAGACCAGGGCUACUUGAACGAGAUCUUCCCAUGGUGGCAUCGGAUCCCUAAACACAUGAAUUUCUUGAAACACUUUUGGAUUGGUGAUGAGCCGGAGAGAAAAGAGAUGAAGACGCGUCUCUUUGGUGCUGAUCCGCCAGUACUAUACGUGCUUCACUAUUUGGGGCUGAAACCAUGGCUAUGCUUCCGGGACUAUGACUGCAACUGGAACGUCGACAUAUUGCAGGAGUUUGCAAGCGACGUUGCUCACAGGACCUGGUGGAAGGUCCAUGAUGCAAUGCCGGAGAACUUACAGAAGUACUGCUUGCUUCGAUCCAAGCAGAAGGCCGCGUUGGAGUGGGAUCGCAGACAGGCUGAGAAAGGCAACUAUAGCGACGGCCACUGGCAAAUUAAGAUACAGGACUCACGGCUGACAACUUGCUUCGAAGAUUUUUGCUUCUGGGAAAGCAUGCUGUGGCACUGGGGGGAGAAGAACUGGACAGACAACGCGACAUCGACCCUGCCGCCACCACCACCAUUAUCGACACAGGCAGGUUCACUGUCUUCUUUAUAAUAUGUGGCUUAUUUUUUCAUUUUUUUCUUCUUUCCUUUUGCACCUUGCAUUCUUUUUCUGUAUGUGGGGUGACAGAAAAUUUAACGUUUUACGGUAUAGAAAUGAUGCUUUUAUAAAGAUUUGAGGUUGAGGAGUAA